UGCCCUGCGAAGUGCCUUGAGGUCCGCUUUUCAUUAGCGAGCGAGCAGCUAACAAGCUACUUGAAUGCUAUCGUUCAGAAUUUAACAACAGCGGUACAUUUAAGAGAAAUAAGUAAAUAAUCGAUGGUUGAGAGGGAAAAUUGAAUUGUUUGAUUUAUUAGCACGACAGCAUCGUAAUUUCUUUUGCGGAUUUACGUUAUUUGGUUAGUUGAAAAAUAGGCGUCGGUGCCAGCGCGCUCAUUGUUUUUAGCCACUUAGCUAGCAUAUGGUAGCUAACAUUAGCAUUGAUAAAACAACAGCAAACAAACUCAAUCUAGCCAGUAUUUCAUUUUAAGGCCUGUGUUAAUGAGUAGAUAUGUCUGGUAUCGCUCUUAGCAGACUUUCACAGGAGCGCAAGGCAUGGAGGAAAGACCAUCCAUUUGGUUUUGUUGCCGUGCCUACCAAAAACCCUGACGGCACCAUGAACCUCAUGAACUGGGAAUGUGCCAUUCCGGGGAAGAAGGGAACACUGUGGGAGGGAGGCCAGUACAAGCUCCGAAUGCUCUUCAAGGAUGACUAUCCUUCCUCACCGCCAAAAUGCAAGUUUGAGCCACCGAUUUUCCACCCCAAUGUCUACCCGUCUGGCACUGUGUGUCUCUCCAUCCUGGAGGAAGAGAAGGACUGGAGGCCAGCUAUCACCAUCAAGCAGAUCCUGUUGGGUAUCCAGGAGCUUCUCAAUGAACCGAACAUCCAAGACCCGGCACAAGCAGAAGCCUACACGAUCUACUGUCAAAACAGAAUGGACUAUGAGAAGCGGGUGAGGGCGCAGGCCAAGAAGUUUGCCCCCACAUAAAGCUUAGCUGAUCAACUGCCGGAGAAGCCUGAUUCAACAGCUGGGUGUUGAAUGGCAAGCAGCACUUAGAGGACCAAUCCAAUGAGCGAUUUACAAUUCAAUGUUUUUUUUAAUAUGAGGAAAGAAGGAAUGUACAACAGAGCAAUCUUAAAGCAAACUAUUUUUUUUCUACAUUUAGUGUCCCCACUGAAUGUAGACACACAUUACUUCAGACUUUCUUACAAUUUGAUUUAAAGAAAAAAGAAAACACCCCUACUCUGCUUAUCAACAAGCUAGUUUGGUGAUAUUUAGAUCUGCACGUGAGCAAAGACACAAAGUGCUAGAAUUGUUUUUAUCAACUAACCAUGUUUUUUGUUAAAUAACAAAGAAUGUCUAAUUACAAUGUACCAUACAUCAUUUUACAACUUUGAAUAUGUGCUUAAAUAAAUUACCAAAAUACUAAAACUAACAGAAAAUCAACAAAUAGAGCCUUCUUUCCAAAUUUCACAUUUAAUUGUAUUUUCUUGUUGGAAUGCGCCUCUGAUUAGAUGGAUUUCAGAGCCGAUUAUGUGCUGCAUGGAGAGCUGAAGAGGUUUGCCUCUGAAGAGUUGUGUGUGUACAUAAUAUAAAUAUUUAGGUCUGUAUGGACCUUGUGUUUUUUCUAUUGCUUUAGCAAGUUGAUAUUCGUAUGUGGUAUUAAAGGUAAUUUUAAAUGUAAGAAUUGUGAAAUAAAAUUAAUUAAAAUUAAA